UACUUCAAAAUGACAACCCAAGUGUUCUGGCUCCUCUGCUUUGUCAUUAGAUCAUCUUCUGGAUCCCUGCCCUAUGCUGAGAAACCCGGCCAGGCUCUCAGCAAAGAUGUUUUUAGUUCAGCAGCUGCUGCUGAUGUUCAGGUGGAAGUGCCAGCGCGGGGCACGGGCAGUGCCAGCGGGAAUCCCGGGCUCCUGGGAAUGCCUCCCGCCCUCCUGCAGCAGCCAAAACCCCUGCGAAUCCCCUCCCUGGCCUCUGACAAGAAGAAACGCGGGGAGCCUUCCCUGGAAAACAGCACAGGGCUGAGGAAGCACCUGGGACAGCACGGAGGGGUCGUGGCCCUGCACAGCCCGAGCCGGGGGGAUUCUCCCGCCCCGCUGGACUCCGGCCAGGCCAACAGGCAGCACACGGACCGGCGGCUGGCCAAGGCUGCCAACAGCGUCUGGGCUCACACCCUCCACUCCCACCCAAAGGCGACAUCCCUGCUGGAAGCUCAUCCUUUUCCACACUCCGCAACAGUGGAGUCAAAUGAUCCCAACGCGCUGCACCACUUCAACCGGCCAGGGAGGGCAAUCCCCUACAAACACCCCGAGCCCUUCACCAGGAUCCCCAAACCCUCCUGGGUCACCAACCGCUGGUCACCCAGCCCGAUGGACCUGGGCGUGCUGAGGAGAGAUGGUGACAAGGAGAAGGUGUGUCUGAGCGAGUGCAGGAAGGAGCAGGAUGAAGUGGAGGCUUUCUGUGCCAGCGAGUUUGCAGUGAAUGGAAUUGUUUAUAACCUGGAAAGCCUGGGGAAUGGAGUGCAGUGGAUUACCUUCUUGGUAGACAGUGAUGGAUUGUACAAGAUGAGUCGCCUGUAUGUCACUCCUGACGCCGCCUUCUUCCGAGUUCACAUCCUGGUUGUGGAUACUUCAAACUGCAGUAAACCAUGUCCAGACUUUAAACUUGGCAGCAGGUACAUCGUGAUGGGGCACAUCUACCACAGGCGCCGGCAGGUGCCCCCCGAGCUGCUGCCAGCCCUGCGGGGGCGGCUGCGCCCAGGGGACGGCUGGGUCGGGAGCAGCAGCAGCUACGUGAGGAGAUUCAACAGGAAAAGGGAUCUCAGGGUGAGGGCAGCGCGCUCCAAGUGUCCAUAACGCUCCAGGAGCUCCGUGCAGGAUGUGAGAGCAGCGGGAUCCACCCUCAGAGCACACCUGGGCUCCCGCCUGGAACCGCAAUCCAACACCGGCUUUUGUGCUUUAGCAAACCUCGAGCAGGCACCCCUGGUGAGGCUCAGCACAGAAGGCAGUCUAGGGAAUGUUAACUGGCCGUGAAUUUGCUCCAGAUGCUUUCAGAGCCACAGGUUAUCGUUGCUUCCCCUGCUGCAGUGUGCCUCGAAUAAUCCGUAGUAACUGUAAUGCAAAAUUCUGGCAGCUUUGUCCUCGGUACACAACAACUGCACUUUGAAGCCUUCACCUUGAACACAGAUGAUACCACAGCUUUAUCUACACAGGAUGUUCACUGUGCUUUCACAGUUCUGCCUCAAGUAUCACAUGCAUUUGAUUUCAGAGAAACCAACACCACUAAGUACCAUUCAUAUUAUUUUUGUCUCCUCAACCAUGUCCAUGGUAUUUCUGUAAAUUACACCGUUCUUCCAGCAGAGCUGGAUGUUCACACGAAGCAUGCAGAAUAGAGUGUAAUAAUCUGAGUAUAUGAGCACAUUGACUGAAAGCAAAUCAAGAAUUGCAGAACACAAAUGCCCAGUUGUGUUUACAAGUGACAGUGAAGGGAAUGCAAAAUGAGCACAGGCUGCACACACUGGGUGUGCCUGGGCACUUCACCCCAGAGCUGUGCUGAAUGCCAUUCCCCAGGAGAAAUAUUGCCAAGCUUGUACUUGCACAAGAGUAAGGUUACUUUUUAAAUAAAAA